AUGGAAGCCCAACUCAAGGCUAGUCAAGAGGACAUUGAACUAGAGCACGGGGUCAGGAAGAAUCUUACCAGUAUUCGUCAGCAGUGCGUGGCUAUGGAGAAAUUGCUGGACAACUACAAAUUUCGCGAAGAAAUCAGUGAACUCAAGGCCCAGAAACAACAGGUAGAGCUGGAAAACCUUAAAAGAAAGAACGCCGAGCUCUCUAUUUCACUGGCCAAGUCAGAAGCAAAAAUAUCCGUUGCUCGUGACGCUUUAGUCGAGCUUGCUAAAUUGGGCUCGCUCGGAAUUGGUGCAUUGGACGAACAUGAUCUGACGGACUCUCAACAAGUGGGAACAUACAGUGCUAUUUCAUCGUGCUUGAAGGAAUGA